AGAAGGGGAAGAAGAAGAAGAAAAAAGAAAUUAAAGAAGAAAAAGAGAGACCCCAAACAGAAUGCCAUCUUCCUCAUCAGAUUACCACCACAUUGCUAUGAAUGAUGAUGAUGAUGAUGAUGAUGGAUUGGUGGAGGGUUGUGGGUACUCAAGACCCUUUCUGGUUCUUGAUGUUAUAUGGAACCUGUCGUUCGCUACGGUGUCUGUUUUUAUGCUGGUGAGCACCACAGGGGAGAGGCCAUCUGCCCCCCUAAGGCUAUGGGUUUGUGGGUAUGCCCUUCAGUGUCUCUUGCAAGUGGGUUUUGUGUGGGUUGAAUAUGAGAGGAUGAUCAGCUUUCAUGGUUUCUCCUUGUUUCCUCUCUGUCACACCAGCAUCAUAAAGAAUUUGGAGUCAAUUAAUACAGUGGUCUCAUUAGCCUGGUGGGUUUUUGGUUUCUAUGGGAUUGUAAUGGGUGGCCAAACACUUCUCCGAGAUUCUCCCUAUCUUUACUGGCUAUCCGUGAUUUUCUUGGCAUUCGAUGUGUUCUUUGUGAUAUUUUCCUUCACAAUGGCAUUCACUCUCUUCAUUGCUCUAUUCUGUUGCGCUCCGGUUCUAGCAACGGUUGCAUAUGCGUUGAAGCUGGGAGAGGGAGCAUCUGAAAAUGAUAUCACGGCUCUUCCUAAGUACAGAUAUUGCCAAUCCAAUAAUGCCACUGAUAAGACGACAUUUGAAGAAGGAGUGUUGUAUUUGCCUGAAUAGAUAUAGUGAUGGAGCAGAGGUGUGUAGGCUUCCAUGCGACCACCAUUUCGACCACGGGUGCAUUUGUAGAUGGCUUCGGAUUAAUGCGACAUGCCCUCUCUGCAAGUUUAAUAUUCUCAGGAAUGAAACAUUGGUUUAAUCAGUCUCUAAUCUGUGAUGUAAUAUAUGCUCUAAAUACAUUAAUAAUAUUAUUAAUGUUAUUCACAUAUGGGAAAGUGAGCAGAUGGGAAUGAGAAACAAAGUGAUGCACUCAUUCUGCUCUAAAUGGCAACAAAAUGUACAUAUGCUUCCAUGGCAUUGCAAUGGGUACACCAUUAGUAAAUUUCCCCCUUUAUUUGUUUAU